GACGUGGCCGGCACCGCGCGCUCCUUCGCCGCGCUCCCGCUGCCCGUGCUGGUGGCGGCCGAGGCGGCGCCCUACCCGCCGGUACCGCUGCCUCCCGGGGCGCGGGUGCUGCUUCUGCGCCCGGCUCCCGACCGUCCCCCCCGGGACUCGCGCCCCGAGCUCCACGUCCGCACCCGCCACGUGGCGCUGGUCCCCGACGGCGCCCGAGCCCACCCGGGCCUGCUGGAACGCAUGCGGGCUGCGCUGGAGGCCGGGGACGCCCGGGUGGUGGCGGCGCCCGUGGGGACGGAGCCGCUGCGGUGCCUGGGGCUGCGCGUGGAGCUGCGCGAGUGGACGGCGCGCUACGGCCCCGGGGGGCCGGGGGGGGCCUGCGGGGCCGUGGAAGGGGCGGCCGUGCUGCUGCUGCGCACCCGCGACCUCUUCAACCUCUCCUUCCCCCUGGCUCGCCCGCUGCCCACCGCCCUCUUCGUGCAGGCGGCGCUGCGGGGCUGGGGGCUGCGGGUGCUCCCCGAAGCUUUCCCCGCCGCCCCGGCCCCCCCGGCUUCCCCCCACAACCGGUGGAAAGCCGAGAGCUUGGCGGGGGCCCGGCGGCGGCGGCUCCUGCGCGAGCUGGGCAUCAAGCGGGAGGUGCUGGCGGACGGGCGGGAGCGUUGGUACGGCUGCGGCAAGGACACGGCGCGCUGCUUCGGCACCGUGCACGCCCGCACGCCCCAGUACCUCCUGGCAGGGCGCUGGACCCCGCCGUGCUGCCUGCGGGCGCUGCGCGAGACCGCCCGGCACGUGGCCGGGGCGCUGGAGGCCGCCGGCGUGCGGUACUGGUUGGAGGGGGGCUCGCUGCUGGGCGCCGUGCGCCUGCGGGACAUCAUCCCCUGGGACUACGACGUGGACCUGGGCAUCUACCGGGAGGACGCCGGCAAGUGCCGGUGGCUGCGGGAGGCGGCGGCGGGAGGCGCGGUGGAGGACGCCGAGGGCUUCGUCUGGGAGAAGGCGGCCGAAGGGGACUUCUUCCGCGUGCACUACAGCCGCGCCAACCGGCUGCACGUCGACCUGUGGCCCUUCUACGCCCGCGCCGGGGUGAUGACCAAGGACACGUGGCUGGGGCACCCGCAGGACGUGGAGUUCCCCGAGCGCUUCCUGCGCCCGCUGGUGCCGCUGCCCUUCGCCGGCUUCACCGCCAUGGCGCCCAACAACGCCCGCGCCUUCCUCGAGCUCAAGUUCGGCCCGGGGGCCGUCGAGAACCCCGAGUACCCCAACCCCGCCGUGAAGCGCUUGGGGCAGGGGGGGUGAGGGGCCCGGACCCCCCCCCCCCCCCAAUAAACCCUCGUGUGACACCC